CGGAUAGCUCGCUGCUGAUUGGUCAGACGGAGAGCCCGCCCUACAAAGGCACAGAUGCUAUUGGAGGAGGGGGGGCUGUCAGUCAGGUGACGCAGGGAGGGUGCUGGAAGAUGGCGGACAGAGCAGUUCCAGUUGCGGAGAAACCUCUGAUGGAUGUGAAGCUAGGGGAGCUGUCCCGAUGGAUCACUGCACGAGAUUUCACCCCCAAUGGCAUUAUCGGGGCUUUGCGUAGAGGCCAUGACCGGUACUACAAUAAGUACAUUAAUGUGAAGCGAGGUGGGAUUGGGGGAAUUGCCAUGUUGCUGACUGGUUACGUUCUGCUCAGUUACAUCUGGGAGUACGAACACCUCAAGCACGAGCGAUGGAGAAAGUACCACUGAAUUGCUGCUAAGUUCCACUCGCUGUAUUUAUGGAAUUUAAGAGAUGACUGUUCAAGUUAGAAUCAUGGAAAAUAAAAUUAGAACAGUUUCAACAUUGAA